AUGGCAGCUAGCCCAGUGCUUCCCGCUGAAGGUGAGCAAGGGUCCUUGGGCAUCGAUGAUCUCCACAUUUCUCUGCAAGCUGAGCAGGAAGACACACAGAAGAAAACCUUUACUUGCUGGAUAAACUCACAGUUGGCAAAGCACUCACCACCCUCAGUUGUAUCAGACCUGUUCACAGACAUUAAAAAGGGCCAUGUCCUGCUGGACCUGCUAGAAGUGCUCUCAGGACAACAGUUGCCUCGAGAUAAAGGAUCUAAUACGUUCCAGUGUAGAAUCAACAUAGAACAUGCCCUGACAUUCCUAAAACAACGAUCAAUCAAGCUAAUAAAUAUUCAUGUUACUGAUAUUAUAGAUGGAAACCCAUCCAUUAUCCUUGGCCUGAUUUGGACAAUUAUACUGCACUUUCAUAUCGAGGAGCUUGCCAAGACUCUUUCUUGCAGUUACAAUCAACCUUCUCUGGACAGUAUGAGUGCAGCUGACUCAUCUCCUACCUCAAGUCCUCCUGCUAAGAAAUGCUCCAAAGCCCAAGCGAGAUGGCAGAUGUCUGCAAAGAAGGUACUUCUCUCGUGGGCUCAGGAGCAGUGUGCCACGGAUGAGUCUGUCAAUGUGACAGAUUUUAAGUCAAGCUGGAGAAAUGGAAUGGCUUUUUUGGCUGUCAUUCAUGCCUUGCGACCAGACCUAAUUGACAUGAAGAGUGUGAAGCAUCGAUCCAACAAAGACAAUCUGCAAGAGGCCUUCAGAAUUGCAGAACAAGAAUUAAAAAUCCCCAAACUGCUGGAACCAGAAGAUGUGGAUGUUGUUAAUCCUGAUGAAAAGUCAAUCAUGACCUAUGUGGCACAGUUCCUGCAGUAUUCAAAGGGUAAACUUGGGACUGGAGGUCAAGCUCAGGAAAAGACAAAAGAAGCUUUGGUCUGGUUAACUCAACAAGAGGAAAAACUACAGAAUGCACAAAAGGAUUCAGACAAUGAAACCUACUCUAUAAAGUCUGAAAGCCUGAUGUCCUUUUUGGAAUCAUUCAAUGAAGGAAAAAAACCCUUCUUGGACGUCCUGUCAAUAAAAGGGGAUCUGGAUGAGCUGAAUGAAGAUCAGUUACAAUUGAGAGAAGCCUGGAAUGACCUCAGUGCCAAGAUUAAUAUGUGGGAAAAAAAGCUGCAUCAUGUCUUACCCUCACCCCUUCAUCAAAUUGAAGCUUGGCUCCAGGAGGUAGAGGAGCUUAUGGAUGAAGAUUUGCCACCCUCCUGGAAUGACGCUGAAGCCAUGGCACUCAUACAAGAGAAAAUGACUUUAUUCAAGAAUCUGAUGGAUAAAUUUGAUUAUCAUUCAAACACUCUCCUGGAAUUUGAAAAUAUGGAUGAAAACCAUUUGCCAUUGGUACCACCUGAGAAGUUGGAGGAAUUGAAGAGACGAAUCAACAACAUUUUAGGAAAAAAAUACAUUCCACUUCUAGAAUUUCAUUACUAUAAGUGCUCAGUACUUGGUUUGCUGGAUGAAGUAAAAUCAAAAUUGGGUGCUUGGAACAUCAGAUAUGGGACCAGAGAAUCCGUGGAAUUCCUGCUAGAAGACUGGCAUAAAUUUAUUGAAGAAAAAGAGGUCCUAGCUGAACUUGAAAAUUCUUUUCAAAAAUGUGAAGAAAGUCAUAAGAAUUUGGGUGGUGAAUAUCAGGAUAUUAGUAAACAAUAUGGAAUGGUGGAAUAUAAUCUUUGUAUGUGUAGAAAAAAUAUACAUGAUAUCAGGUCCACUCUACAGAAAGUUCUAAAGUGUUGGGCUACUUAUGUGGAAAAACUCCACUUAUUAAAGACUUGUUUUGAGGAGACAAAGAAGGCACAGAUUAAAGAGGUUCCCUUUGAGACACUAUCCCAGUGGAAUCUAGACCAUGUUACUUUAAAUGAAGUGGGGACUUUCUUAAUUCAAGUGAGCAAUGAUGAAGUUGGAUUAUCUAUUUCUAAAGAACUGAGAAGACUGAAUAAAAGAUGGAGAAAGUUUAUUACAAAAACCCAACUUGAAAUGAACCUGCCACUUAUAAAAAAACAGCUUGAGCCCAUGCUUGACAGUUCUGGAAAUUUACAGCUAUCUAAAGAGGAAAAAACAAAUGUUGAUUUUUCAGUGGAUAUGUCAAUAGAAUGUCCUGAAAAUCACAAUCAAAACAUACAGGCUGGGGAAGAACAUGAAAAAGAAAAGGAACAAUUCACAGAGCAAGCAAAAGUGGCUGAAGAGGUUGAAAGACUCAUCAGUCAAGUGGAAACCUGGGAGGCAGAAACCAAGUCUGUUUUACAUAUUCUGAGAAAUCAAGAUGAUGUUGAUCCUACAAUGGAAGGCUCUUUGAAGCACCUUAUUGCCAAAGGCUCUAUGUAUGAAGAACUUGUAUCUAGAACUGAAGAUACUUUACACAUGGAUGUACAAAAUAUCUCAAGCCAGGAGUCCUUCCAACAUGUUCUCACUGCUGGACUUCAGGCAAAGAUUCAAGAAGCUAAAGAGAAAGUUCAGAUCAGUAUGGUCAAAUUAGGUGUGGUGUUGAAGAAUGCAGCUGAGGUUUCACCAGACCUGGAUGUCAGGCUGAAGGUGGAAGAAUCACAGAAGGAACUUGAAUCAUACAUUAUGAGGGCUGAGCAGCUACUUGACCAAAGAGAGAGCCAGAGUGAUCUGAUUUCAAAAUAUAAGGAAGCAAUAGCCAUUUUUAAUACUAAAAGUCUGACCAAAUACUUGAAAGCUGUUGAAGAACUGAAAAAUAAUGAAACCGAGGAAGCAAAACUGUCUUUGGAAGCAAAGAGCAGAGAUGUCUGUGCCAAGUGGGAGCCUCUUCAUCAUGAAAUGUCUUUGUAUUUUCAACAACUAAAUAUAGAUAUUGAAAAAGGAAAACUUAGUGACAGCAUUUCGAAGCUGGAAAAGCAAAUAAAUAAGGAGAAGAAACUAAUCCGCAGAGGCAGGACCAAGGGUCUCAUCAAGGAACAUGAGGCCUGCUUUUCUGAGGAAGGCAGUCUGUCCCAGCUUGAUCACCACAUGGCAGUCCUGCGGGAGCUAUGUGAGGAGCUGGCUUCACAGGACAGUCAGCAAGAAGUGAGGCGGGCGCUCAGAGACUAUGAACAAAGAAUAGCAAAACUGCGGAGGUGCGCCUUAGAGGUUCACGGGAUGCUGCAGUCCGUGGUGGGAGGCACAUCGAAGAACAAGGGGUCGGUGAACACAUCUGAGAAUGGAGGAAGUGGUGCCUGCAGUGAGGAGCCCUCUGCUGAGACCCUUCAUCAGCCACCCCCCGAAAAGGCAAUGGAAUCUAAGACUCUUGGCCUGGAGUCAGAAUUAAUGCCUCAACAGGAAAAGAACAUUAUGAAGUAUGAAAAGGAUCACAGUGCAUCCAUAAGUAGUUUACUAGAAAGGUAUGAUGUGCACAGAGAAACACUUGCCGUUCAUCUUGAAAACAACAAAUUCAGAAUUAAUUCUGCUUUCCCUAGUGACAAGGAAAGAAGUAGUGCUUGUUUCCAGGAUAAACUCACAGAUUUGCAGGUGUUAAAAGAUGAAACCAAUGCUUACUUGAAAAAGUUUGAAAUCGCUUCACUGAAGUCAGAAGAGCUUGUGAGUGAUAUAAACAAGUCUUUCUUGGUUAAAACAAGGGACAAAUUAAAGGAAAAAGAGCGAGAGCUGCAGGAGAUGCUGAAUACCAGAAUGAAGUCUUUGGAGACAGCACUGAAGAUUGUGUUACCUGUAGAGAAAGAAUGUCUUCAUCUCUGUGGCUCAGACCUGCUCCUUCAUGAAAUGGCUGUUCAGGAAUUUCACCUGGCCAAUGCCAGUGCCUUUUAUCAAAACUUGAGGAAUAUCCAAGAUUUCAUAGCAAAACAGAUUGAAAGAUGUAACAGUUUGGAACAAUCAGGCAACUUAGCACUGAUGGAGUUGCAGCCACUUGAUCUACAGGCAACACAGAAUAUUCUAGUAAAACACAGAACACAGCUUGAAGAAGUACUUCACAGAGUGCAGAUGACGCAGGAUGCCAUCAAAGCUUUGGAAGAGUUUUUGGCCUCUCUGAGAACAACUAAAAACUCAGUUGAGCUUGCUACAGACCUUUCAGCCUCAGAGACACAAGGGGAGCUGGAAAAUACUUCAACAGAAAAAGAGGGAGAGAUUCAUCACUUGAAACACAAGGCCAGGCAUUUGGAUAAACACUUGAAGAUGCUUGGUGUAAGCUUUAAAGAUGCUGAGCAGGGUGAAGACAGCUCCUGUGAAAAGCUUCUUAAUGCUUUGUCUGAGCAAUUAUUUGAGACACGUGGCUAUGGCUUACAGGAAGAACUCUCUGAAGACAAACUACUAGAGAUUUGUAUUUUCAAAAAUAAUGAGCUUCUGAAAAACAUUCAAGAUGUAUACAAUCAAAUCAGUAAAAUUGGUCUGAAGGACCCAACAGCUCCAGCUGUAAAACAACGGAAAAAAUCAUUAAUUAGAUUGGAUAAGGAUCUAGAUGAAUAUGAAGAAGAGUGGAAAUACUUGCAAGAAAUGGCUGCUUCUCUUCCACAAUUUGAAGAUGGCAGAGAGCAAGCACUGAUUCAGCAGUUCCAAAAUACAGCACUCCAAUGGGAGAACACGAAAGCUUCCAUCACUGAAAGCCUUGACCAAUGUGAAAGAGUUUUGGAGCUCUUAAAACAAUAUCAGAAUUUUAAAAGUGUCUUGACAACUUUGAUUCAAAAAGAAGAGAAUGUCAUCUCCCUUCAGGCUUCGUAUAUGGGAAAGGAGAACCUGAAAAAAAGGAUAGCAGAGAUUGAAAUUGUCAAAGAAGAGUUUAAUGAACAUUUAGAAGUUGUAGACAAGAUUAACCAGAUCUGCAAAAAUCUACAAUUUCAUCUGAAUAAAAUGAGAACAUUUGAAGAGCCUCCUUUUGAGAAAGAAGCUAAUAUUAUUGUGGAUAGAUGGCUUGAUAUAAAUGAGAAGACAGAAGACUACUGUGAAAAUCUUGGUCGAGCUUUAGCCUUGUGGGAAAAACUUUUUAAUUUGAAAAAUGGCAUUGAUGAGUGGACUGAAAAGGUUCUUCAAAAAAUAAAAUUAUUUCCACCAACUGAAGAGGAAAGAGAAAAACUGAAGGAAGAGUUACAAGCCCACGAACAGAAAUCUUCAGAUUUUUCUAAAAGAGUGGCCAAGAUACAGUUUCUGCUUCAAAGCAGUGAAAUACCUCUUGAAUUGCAGGUUAUGGAAUCCUCUAUGUUGAAGAAGAUGGAACACAUAAAGACACUUCUAAUUGGAGAAUCCAACUGCUGCGCCCUUGGUGGCAGCACAGCUGAGCUAAAGGAGGACCUUGAUCAAGCAAAGACCCGGAUUGGAAUGACGGAGUCCCUCUUAAAAGCCCUUUCUCCUUCUGACAGCUUGGAGAUAUUUACCAAGCUAGAGGAGAUACAACAGCAAAUUCUACAGCAAAAGCACAGUAUGAUACUACUUGAGAAUCAAAUAGGUUGUCUGACUCCUGAACUCUCUGAAUUAAAAAAGCAAUAUGAAAGUGUCAGUGAUUUAUUUAAUACCAAAAAAAGUGUUUUGCAGGAUCACUUUUCUAAGUUACUGAAUGAUCAGUGCAAGAACUUUAAUGACUGGUUCAGCAACAUCAAAAUGAACCUUAAGGAGUGUUUCGAAUCACCAGAAACCAAAAUGGAUGUGGAACAAAGGCUACAAAAGCUUUCUGAUUUCUUGACUCUUGAAGCAAGAGGCAGUGAAAUACAGCAAGUGGGAACUGUAUUGAAGCAUGUGAAGAAGCAUCUGCCCAAAGCACAUGUGAAGGAGCUUAACAGUUGGAUAGUAAGUCAGGAAAUUGAAUUAGAAAAAUUGGAGUCCAUAUGCCAGGUGCGAGCAAAGGAGCUUGAUGACCACUUGCAGCAGCUACUGAGACUGCAGGAUGACCAAAGAAACCUGAGUAUGUGGUUGACUAAUCAAGAAGAGAAUUAUAAAGAAAUGGAAGAAUCUGGAGAGAAAACGGAGCUAUUUUGCCAAGCUCUCACUAGAAAGAGGGAACAGUUUGAAUCUAUGGCUCAGUUGAACAACUCCUUGAAGGAACAUGGGUUUACUGAAGAAGAAGAAGAAAUACUAACAGAAUCAACACAUUUGAUUGAUAGAUACCAGACAUUAUUGAGACAAUUAUGUGAAAUUGAGGAAGAGGAUAAAUUACCUCCUACUGAAGACCAAAGCUUUAAUGAUCUUGCACAUGAUGUAAUUCAAUGGAUAACAGAGAUUAAAGAGUCCCUUAUGGUUUUGAAUUCAUCUGAAGGCAAAAUGCCACUUGAGGAAAGAAUCCAAAAAAUAAAGGAAAUCAUUUUACUAAAACCUGAAGGGGAUGCUAAAAUAGAGACCAUCACGAGCCAGGCUGAGGCCAGCAAUGCUGCACUGGUUCCAAAGACCCUUGCUGACAUCAAGGACCAAUGGGACUCCACACUGCACUUGGCAGACACAUAUCUGAGCCAUCAAGAAAAGCUUCUUUUAGAAGGAGAGAAGUACCUACAAAGUAAGGAAGACCUGAGAUUAAUGCUCACAGAACUUAAAAAGAAACAAGAGGUGGGCUUUGCCCUGCAACAUGGUUUGCAGGAAAAGACAGCUCAGCUCACAAUUUAUAAGAAGUUUCUCAAGAAAGCACAAGAUUUGACCUCCUUGCUAGAGGAACUAAAAUCUCAAGGAAAUUACCUUUUAGAGUGCACAAAAAAUCCUAAUUUCAGUGAAGAGCCAUGGCUAGAAAUAAAGCAUCUACAUGAAAGUCUUCUGCAGCAGCUACAGGAUUCUGUGCAAAAAUUGGAAAAUGAUGUUCAGGAACACCACAGCUACCAGGUUUGUGUCACAGAGCUAAAUACUGCACUGGACAAUUUCUCAAAGGACUUCCACAGUUUUUCUGAUAAGCCUUUGGAUCAAACCACAAUUGAAGAGAAGCUGCAGAAGCUGCAGGAACUAGAAAACAGACUCAGUUUACAAGAUGGCACAUUAAAGAAGAUUCUAGCGUUAGCAAAAUCCAUCAAGCAAAAUACAUCUUCAAUGGGACAGAAGAUUAUUAAAGAUGAUAUAAAAUCACUUAAGUGUAAACAAAAAGAUUUGGAAAACAGACUUCAGUCUGCUAAACAGGACACAGAAAAUGGUCUCAACAACAUUCUCAAAUCAAAAUGUUCAACAGAAAAGAAAGAAAAGUUUGCUCUGCCAGGUGGAGGGAUGGAGGUCACUUGUGAUGUGCAGGGGUCCACUCAGGACUCAGCUGCAGUGGAGUCGUUAGAGGAAGGCUUGGGAGUAAACAAGAAUUCAGCUGUGGAAAUGGUUUUGUCAAAACAACUUUCUUUCGAUGUUCAAGAAAGCAUGAAAAACACUGAAGAUGAACAGAAAGUCAACGAGCUGCAAAAUCAACCUUUAGAAUUAGAUGUUAUGUUAAGAAAUGAACAAUUAAAAGCCAUAGAGGAGUUACAUUCCCAGUUGGAGGCAAAGAAAGCAGCUAUUGAACCAUUGGAACAAACUGAGGACCUCAACAAAACAGAAACAGGUGCCGUGGUUGCCAGGUAUUCCACACAACAUUUGGACAACCUGCUUCAGGUACUUAGGACUUUGAAGAAGAACAAAGAAAGACAAUACUGUCUCCUUAAAGAUUUUCAGGAGCACCUUGCUGUAGUUGAGUCCUCAAUGAAAGCCUUGAUGACAGAAAAAGAAAGUCUAAAAGUGGGACCACUGGACAGUGCAUCCUACUUGGACAAAAUUAAAAACUUCCUGACAUCAAUAGAAAAGGAUAAAUGUUCUUUAAACAAGAUAAAAAUUGAGUGGAAAGAUUUAUCAAACUAUCUGACUGACAUAGAUAAGAAGCUGUUAGAAAGCCAGAUCAAGCAGCUUGAACAUAGUUGGGAACAACUGGAACAACUGGUCCAGAAGAAAUAUUCUCAGCAAGUCAUGGAAUACAAUGAAUUUUCUUUUCUUAUGCAUGAGGUCCAAGAUCUUGAGAUUUUCCUGCAGCAGAAGCAGCAGCAUCUACAGUUAAGGCUGAACUCUUCAGAGGAUCUAGAAGAGAGCGAAAGCAUGCUAAGCUUGGCCACUGAGCUCCAGGCCAUCAAACACAGAUUUUCUGUCUUCAAAAGGAAAACUGAACUGCUGAUAAAGAGGAUAUGGGGGGGGAAAGAAAAGAACCUUUUGGAGAAUGCAAUAAAUAGUUUUCAGCAGCAACUGGGAGUGUUGGAACCGUUAAUGACAGAGGUAGAAAAUCAGACCAAAAAGUGUGAAAUAAGGAACAAGAUUAAAGAGACUAUAUUGUGGGUCAAGAAUUUGUUAGGUGAACUCAUUCCUACCAUUUCCCUUCUCCCAGACGAGAUUCUUUCACAGAUCAGAAAAUGCAAGGAGAUGCACAGUGGCAUUCUGGAAAAACAAAACACCAUAGACUCACUGGUUGAAGAGGUCAAAGACAGUAUUCCUAAUCUUACAGUGCAUGAGAGCAACGAUUUAAAUAACUUCCUCCAGGACUUACAGAAUCAAUACCAAAUGCUGGUUCUAAAAUCUACCCAAAGAUCACAGCAAUUAGAAUUGAAAUUAGAAGAAAGAAGCAAAUUUGUUGCAAUAAUAGAGACGAUUCAAUUUUCACUUCAAGGAAAUGAAGCUCUGAUAAUUCCCAAGGCAGAAACAACCUCCACAGAAGCUGAAUUGGAACAAGAACAUGCCACUUUGAUGACAUCUCAGAAGGAACUGCUAGAAAUUCAGAGUGUUAUUUCAACAUAUCUACAGGAACAAACAAACAUCUGUAAGGACCUAAGUGUGUUUGAAAGACUAUUUCUGGAUGAUCAGUUGAAAAAUCUUAAGACUAGAGCCAAGAGAACACAAAGAUUCAUUCAGAAUAAAUGUAACCAAAUAGAAAACAAAUUAGAUUUUUACAGAGAAUUCCAGGAAAAAGCAGCUGUGUUUCAGCAGGAAGUUGAUAGUAUUCUGCACAAGAGAUUGCCACUAAAGCAAGGAAUAAAUCAAGGCAUGAAAGAGGAGUUCUAUAGUCUUAAAGAGCAACUCACUGGUAUUCAAUCCAGUAUCCAACAGGUAUUGAAACUCAAGGAACUAUUUCACUCUAUAGGCCUAAAUUUGGAUUGUUCCCAACUUGACCAUUUACAAUCCCAAGUAUCUGAGAAAGAAAAGGAACUUGAAGAAAAAAUUAAGCAGUUGGACACAUUUGUGGCAGAACAUGACAAAUAUCAAUCAUCACUAAGGAAACUAAGGGCUAGAGAUUUGCAGAUUCAGCAAAGGGCUGAAGCAGCACUAAAAGCACCUUAUACUUCAGAAAGUAGUCUGCCCAGUGUUCAAAUUGUGAAUCAGAGACUUGAGAAAAAUAUGGGCUCAUAUCUUGAGAUAAUAAAGAAAUUAAGUGAAAGUGAAGUUUUUGAUGGCUCAUUCAAAGAGAAAGAAAUACUGCAAAUAAAGCAGUAUGCAGAAGAAAGUGAUAAGUUACAGAAGGUUCUCCAAAAUAGAGCACUAGAAUGCCACCCCAAAGAUAUAGAUGAAAAGAAUUUUCUGGACAAACUUGAAAAUUCCUUAGAUGUUUUAAAUCAUAUAAAAUCUCAAUUACAGCAGCCUUUGCUUGUAAAUUUGAAAACUGAACAUAUCCAGAAUGAAAAAGAUAAUUGCGAAGCACUUCAAGAACAAAUUCAGUUAGAAAUGUAUAGGAUCAGAGCUGUGAAUGUCAUUGAGAAACAAAGAGAAGAAAACUCUUCUGGAGCUAGUGACGUGCAGAUAAAACUUGAGAACAUUGAUGAUCUUUACCUGCAGCUUUAUACAAACAUUGAUAUGCGCACAAAUAUCUUGAAUGAUGCUUAUGAAAAUAUGGUACACUAUGACAAAGCCAUCACCAGGACAACAGGAAUCAUCACAGCCCUGGAAGCCAUCCUUGCAGCCCCUCAGGUAGACCUCGAUAAUCCACAAGAAUCACUGGAGAAAGUUCACCAGCAACAAGAAGAAUUAGAAUCUGCAAUAGCCAAUAUCCAGGGCCUCUCUGAGAAAUUGGGGACCAUCUGCUGCCCAGAAGCCAAACUACAGCUUCAGUCCACUCUGCAGAAAGUAGUUGCUAAGAACUCAGCCUUGGAGGAGGCAGUCAAAAUAAAAGAAACUGAGAUAGAAAGGUGUCUGGAGAAUUACAAGUGCUACAAAAAAAUUAGAGAGAAAAUUUGCACUACCCUCUGCCAAAUGGAAACACUUCUUGGGCAGUCCAUGUCUUCCUUGCCAAUGUCGUACAAAGAAGCUUUAGAGCGCUUAGAACAGAGCAAGGCCUUGGUCUCAAGUCUUACAUAUACCAAGGAAGUGUUCAUGAGGUUACGUCAGGUCUUCACGCACUUGAGACCUACAUGCACAGAUGCUGGCAGGUGUUUGCUCAGGACCAUAGCGGCCCUGUGGGAGCGCUGGCUGAAUCUACUAGAUGCUGCUAAAGAGUGGGAGCUGUGGUGUGAAGAACUGAAGCAGGAGUGGAAAUUUGUCAAUGAGGAAAUUGAAAGAGAAGCAAUUAUUUUAGAUAACCUUCAAGAGGAACUCCCUGAAAUUUCCAAAACAAAAGAGGCAGCCAGCACAGAGGAACUCUCUGAGCUGCUAGACUGUUUCCAUCACUAUGAACAGAAUGUGGAGAACCAGCAGCUGUUACUGGCCUUGCUUCUUCAGCGCAUAAAGAGCAUACCGAAUGUCCCUGAAAACGUACAGGCUAUGGAGUCUGUUCCAGCAUUUCAAGAGAUUACAUCUAUGCAAGAACGAUGUAACAAACUUUUGCAGAAAGCUCAGAAAAAUAAGGAACUGAUACAGAAUGAAAUCCAAGAGAGAGAUUCUUUCACAAAAGAAGUGAUUACCUUAAGGAAGUUAUUUCAGCAGACCACAACUUCUCUCCAAAAUAUGGAAUCACAAGACCACCCAGAAAAGUCCGAAAAGUUUGAGGAGCUUCAAAACAUUUUUAAGAAGGGGAAAGUAACUUUUGAGAAUAUUAUGGAAAAACUACGAAUCAAGUAUUCUGAAAUGUACACCAUAGUCCCUGCAGAGGUUGACUCCCAGGUGGAAGAAUGCAGAAAAGCUUUAGAAGACCUAGAUGAGAAGAUUAACAAUGAAGUCUUGAAAAUCUCACCAUCAUAUGCAAUGAGCAGAAAAAUAGGUGAAAUUAACAGUGGGCUUCAUAAUGUAGAAAAGAUGUUGCAACAGAAAAGCAAAAAUAUUGAGAAAGCUCAAGAAAUUCAAAAGAAAAUGUGGGAUGAGCUGGAUCUCUGGCAUGCCAGGCUAAAUGAGCUGGAUUCUGAAGUUCAUGACAUUGUUGAACAGGACCCAGGACAGGCACAAGAAUGGAUGGAUAACUUGAUGAUUCCUUUCCAGCGGUAUCAGCAAGUAUCACAGAGAGCUGAAUCUAGAACCUCACAGUUAAAUAAGGCCACAGUUAAGAUGGAGGAAUAUCAUGAUCUCUUGAAGAGUACUGAAGUUUGGAUAGAAAACACCAGUAGUUUGCUGGAAAUUCCUGCUGACUAUGAUUCUUUGAAGUUGUUGAGUCAGCGUGCCAGCAUCCUUCAGAUGGCACUGGAAGAUUCAGAACAGAAGUACAAUCUUUUGCAUUCAAUGUUCACAGAUCUGGAAGAUUUGUCAGUAAUUUUUGAAACAGAUACUUUAGCCCAGUCCAUACAAGAUUUAAGUCAUCAAGUAGCAGAUUUACAACAAAAAAUAAUGGAAAGUCUUCCACAGAUUCAGCGUAUGGCUGAUGAUGUAACUGCUAUUGAAACUGAGGUAAAAACAAUGGAGAAGAGAGUUUCAAAAAUCAAAGCUAUCCUGUUAUCAAAAGAAAUAUUUGAUUUUUCACCUGAAGAACAUCUUAAGCAUGGCGAGGUCAUUCUUGAAAAUAUGCGCCCCAUGAAGAAAACCAUUGCUGAAAUCAUGUCUUAUCAAGUGGAGCUGAGAUUACCACAGACAGGAAUGAAACCUCUGCCUGUGUUUCAGCGGACAAAUCAGCUUUUACAAGAUAUAAAACUGUUGGAAAAUGUGACUCAGGAACAAAAUGAGUUAUUAAAGAUAGUUAUAAAGCAGACGAAUGAAUGUGAUGAGGAAAUAGAAAGUUUGAAACAGAUCUUAAAUGAUUAUGCAGCUGAGUUCUCCCUUGAACAAGUGUCGCUAGACCUGGAUCCUAACCUGCCACAAGUACAGGGAGAAAUGGAAAAUAUGGAAAAGCAGAUUAUGAGUUUGAACCAGAAAAAAGAAGACCUGCUGGUACACUUGAAGGCAGCCCUGCUAAAACUUCACCAGCAUUUACAGCAAGAACAGCAAGAAUUGGAGAAAGAGAUUCUCUUAGCACCAGAAGAGGAUGGAGUCGAUGAGAAGGAACUUUCAGAAUGGCAGGUAAACAGAACAUGCUCUAUGUCUCUCCUGCCAGCAGUGGAAGAGGAGGCUGAAGAGAGCACCCUGAAGAGUGAAAAUGGAAACAAAAAGACAGAGCCAUCAUCUUGGCCUUUACUCUGGAAGCAUGACAAGGACUUGGAGGAAGACAGAGCAUCCUCAUCCUCUGGAACAAUAAUCCAGGACUCAGUUGAGAAAAUAAGCAUAUGUGCUAGUUCCAUGGCUCAGCUUCUUGCACCAAAUUCACUAAACCCUGAACAAGGUCCAGAGUUCUCCCUGAGUCCCAGCCCAACAGAGCAGGGCGCCACACCCCCUACGAAGAAGGCUACAGUUCUGGGCUUUUCUGAUGAACAAGGAACUUUUGAGGCCACGGCAGAGAGUCCUAGGCCUGAGCCUGCGGAAGUGCUCCAUGUCUGCAAGACCCAGGUGGCCGAGCUGGAGCUGUGGCUGCAUCAAGCCAACGUGGCAUUCGAGCCGGAAACAUUAAACGCAGACAUGCAGCAGGAGGUGGAACAGCAGCUGGCAGGGUGCCAGGCCAUGCUGACAGAGAUUGAGCAUAAAGUCGCGUUCUUGUUGGAGAACUGCAAAGAUCAGGGCUUAGGAGACAGUGGAGCCACACAGCUAGAGGCAGAAGCACUUUCCUUGAAACUGAAAACUGUGAAGUGCAAUUUGGAAAAAGUCCAGAUGAUGCUUCAAGAGAAAUACAGUGAAGACCAGCAUUCUGCCAUUCUAAAGAAACCUUCAGAGCAUCAAAAAGUUCUCCAUGCAGACAACCUUUUUGAAUUUGAAUCAACUGUAACUGAAAGGACACAAUUCUGCAGACAAAAAGAUUUCCAGCAGCAACAGGUUCUGGAAUUAAAACCUACAGAGCAAAAAGAUUUAAUCAAGUUCAUAGAUUGUAAUGCUCAAAAAAGGUGGUCCCACUCUUGCCAGCAUCAUACAGAUGCAACUCAGAAGUCACCUGUGAGUAAUAAGGCAUCCAGCCCUGAAAAUGAUGCUCCAGACUUGGUUUUGUCACCCCAGGGCCAACGGGGAGAUAAAUGGCAAUAUUUACAUCAUGAACUCUCAUCAAAAACUCAUCUACCUCUACCUCAGCUUGUGCAGCCUCAGGUUGCCACAAAUACGAGUAUUCUACCCAGUGUAAGUGUGUAUAGCUUUAGAUACCCAACCAUGGAAGAGCUGAAAACCUGUACCAUCCACCUUGAAGACUUGCGUCAAGAAGCAAAUGACCUUCAGACACAGGAAAACAUGACAGAAGAAACAUACACAAACUUGGAUAAAAAAUUAUUUGAACUAUUUCUGACCCUCUGCCAGUGUCUUGGCAGUGUCCAGGAGGUACUGCAAACACCUGGGCUCUUCAGAGAGGACAUUUGUACCCAGCACACGCACUACGAGAUGCUGGCUCUUGAGCUAAAAAAACUCUACUUAGCUAUGAGUGACAAGAAGGACAAUAUCUUGAAAGCCAUGACUCAGUCUGGCAAGAACACCAGCUUGCUCCCUGAGUGUUUUGAUAACCUCCAAGUCUACCUGGAGCACACCCAGACUGCCGCAGCCUCCAAAAGCAAGUCCCUGAAAGCUGGCCUUGAUUACAACUGCAGUUAUCAGAAUGAAAUAAAGCGAUUAUAUGAUCAACUUACUAAAAACAAAACAUCUUUACAACAGACUCUGAAUGAAAUUAGUGGCCAGAGUAUUGAUGAACAGCUUCAGAAAGCAGAUGUUUGUACAGUGGAGCUGCAAAACUCUGAAACUCUGGUGGCAAAACUAAGAGAUGAAGGGGAGAGACUUCACCUCCCCUCUGUUCUGCUCCAAGAGGUAUACAAACUAGAGGACGUACUUGACAGCAUGUGGGCACUCCUGCGAGCCAGGUACACGGAACUUGGCAGCCCGUUUUUCAUCACCGAGAGCCAGCAAGAUGCAUUGCUGCAGGGCAUGGUAGAGCUAGUGACUAUUGGAAAGGAAAAGCUUGCUCAUGACCACAUACACCAAACCAAAAGUAAAGUGGCCUUACAGGCUCAAAUACAAAAUCACCAGCUUUUUUUUCAGAAGCUUGUUGCUGACAUGUUGUUGAUCAAAGCAUAUUCCAACAAAAUGCUUCCUCCUUUAUUGCAAAAGAGAGAAACAUUUUGGGCUGAACAAGUAAAAGAGGUUAAAUUACUAGAAGAAAAAUCACAACAACGUGGAAUACAGCUGCAAAGUUUGUUGCAGAAAUGGGAAGAGUUUGAUGAAAACUAUGCCUCCCUUGAAAAGGACCUGGAAAUUCUUGUGCCUACAUUGCCCUCUGUGAGUUUGGUAGAAGAGACAGAAGAAAGACUAGUGGAAAGGAUUGCAGUUUACCAGCAAAGAAAAAGAAACAUUGAUGAGAAGCGUGCCUGGCUUUACCAGACUCUGAAUGAAGGCAAACAGCUGGUGGCAUCUGUGAGUUGUCCUGAACUAGAAGACCAGAUUGUAAAACUAGAAGAACAGUGGUUGUCCCUAAACAAAAAAAUUGAUCAUGAACUACACCGACUGCAAACACUUCUGAAGCAUCUGCUCAGUUAUAACAGAGAUUCAGAUCUAUUAACCAAGUGGUUGGAAUCUUCUCAGCAAACUCUGAAUUACUGGAAAGAACAGUCACUCAAUGUGUCUCAAGACUUGGAUACAAUCAGAAGUAAUAUAAGCAAUCUUCUUGAGUUUUCAAAGGAACUUGAUGAUAAGUCCUCCUUGAAGACAGCAGUUAUAAGUACUGGGAACCAGCUUCUUCACCUGAAAGAAGCAGACACAGCUACCCUCAGGGCUUCACUAGCCCAGUUUGAGCAAAAAUGGACAAUGCUCAUAACUCAGCUUCCAGAUAUUCAAGAAAAACUUCACCAGCUUCAGAUGGAGAAAUUGCCAUCUCGUAAAGCAAUCACAGAAAUGAUUAGCUGGAUGAACAAUGUAGAGCAUCAAACUGCAGAUGAAGGUGCUGAGCACUCAGUCAGCUCUGCAUCUGAAGUUAAAAAUCUCCUUCAGAAGUACAAGGAGUUUAGAAUGGAAAUGGACUAUAAACAAUGGGUAGUUGACUUUGUUAACCAGUCCUUACUUCAGCUAAGCACCUGUGAUGUAGAGAGUAAACGCUAUGAGAGAACAGAGUUUGCAGAGCACCUGGGAGAGAUGAACCGCCAGUGGCACCGGAUACAUGGAGCACUAAAUAGAAAGGUACAACAUUUAGAACAACUUUUGGAAAGUAUCACUGAGAAUGAAAACAAAAUACAGAUUUUAGAUAACUGGAUGGAGGCCCAAGAGGAGAGACUGAAAACUUUGCGAAAACCUGAAAGCGUGACCUCUGUGCAGAAGAUGCUGCUAGAUUGUCAGGAUAUAGAAAAUCAACUUGCAAUUAAAUCCAAAGCAUUGGAUGAAUUGAGACAAAGUUCCCUGACCUCAGAGAGUGGGACAAUGCCACUAUUAGAAGAUAUGGCAUCCAGAAUUAAUGGAUUAUUUCAAAAGAGGAACAGUGUUACCAGCCAGGUCAGUGAGCUCAAAGCCUCCGUGCAGUCCAUCUUACAGGAGUGGAAGAUCUGUGACAAGCUCUAUGAGAAUGUGAAUACAAUGACUGUCCGUUUAUGUUACUGCUUGGAGCACAGCAAACCUGUUGUUUUAUCUUUGGAGGCCUUGAGCUGCCAGGUGCAGAACCUUCAGUCUCUUCAAGACGAAGCUGAGAGCAAUGAAGGCAUUUGGGAAAAACUCCAGGAGAUUAUUAGAAAACUCAAAGACCACUGCCCCUCAGUUGCUGAAAUAAUUAAAGAGAAAUGCCAAGAUACUCACACAAGGUGGACCCAGGUAAACCAAGACAUUGCAGACCAGCUGCAGAAGGCCCAGAGUCUGCUGCAGCUCUGGAACGCCUAUAACAGCGCUCACACCAACACCAUGGCAAGGCUGGAGCAACAAGAAGCAAAGUACCAAGAGCUUGCAAACAUCAAUAUGUCUGGAAACAACCUGGCAGAGAUCUUGACCCCAGCCUUGCAAGACAUAAAAGAGCUUCAGCACGAUGUGCAGAAGACAAAAGAAGCCAUUCACCAAAAUGCCACUCUCCUGGAUCGACUCCUCAAGCCUACAGAGUCCAGCUCCCACGUGCUCCUCUCUGGUCACCAGCACUCACUCCAGAGGGCUUCUUACUUGGAAACCAUGCUGCUCAUGAAAACAAACGAAUUUGAGUUUGUUCUAUCAGAGUUCAAGGAUUUUGGGGACCAGUUGGAAUCUUUAAAAGGUCUUAUUAUGCAUGAAGAAGAGAAUUUAGACAAACUCUACCAGCAAGAAAAAGAAGAAAAUUCUGGCAUAUUUCUGAAUCAUGUGCUGGCGCUGACAGCCCAGUCACCCGACGUUGAACGUCUGAAUGAAGUGAGCCUCAAGCUUCCCCUGAGUGAUGUGGCGGUGAAGACGCUACAGAAUGUGAACCGGCAGUGGAUCCGGGUCACAGCAACAGCCCUAGAACGCAGCAGUGAGCUUCAGGGAAUUGAAUUGAAUGAGAAGUUUCUUCUUUGCUGCGAAAAGUGGGUCCAACUUUUGGACAAGAUAGAAGAAGCCCUCAGAGUGGCUCUCGCUGAUGGCCUUCCAGCCCUCCUAGAACAGCAGAAAACAUUCGAGAUGCUGGAAGCUGAAGUUUCUCUAACCCAGACAAUUGCUGAUUCCUAUGCCAUCCAGUCUUUACAACUCCUGGACACAUCAGAAAUGGAGUCCCGAGAGGAAUUUGUUCCGAAGUUCACGAAGCUGAAGGACCAGUGGCAGAGCGCUGCCCAGGGCGUUUGGCAGAGGAAGGGUGACAUCGGAGAGCUGGUGGGGCUGUGGCGGUUCUUCAGCUGCUCUGCAGAGGAUCUGCUCCGCUUCCUCACGAGCACCAGCCACCUCCUGUCGGCAGUGAAGACCCAGGAUCACUACAGCUUCUACCAAGUUAGGAGUCUGAUCCACGAGCUGAAGAAUAAAGAAAUUCAUUUUCAGAGGUGGCAGGCCACCUAUACACUAACCUUGGAAGCUGGGGAAAAGUUACAGAACACAACUAAUGCAGAUACUAAAGAGUCAAUUGGCAGGAGACUUAGCCAACUUCAGGACAACUGGAAGGACACCAAGCUGCAAGUAGGGGAGAUGAUCAAGCAACUCCGGAGCAUUGUAGAGACCUGGGACCAGUGUGAAAAGAAAAUCAAGGAGUUGAAAAGUAGGCUGCAAGUUUUAAGGACACAAAGCAAAGAGCCUCUUCCAGAAGUUCAUGAGGACCUCCAGAAAAAGAAAGAACUGAUUAAGGAACUAGAGAAGGCUUUGGCUAACUGGACUCAGAACUUGCAAGAACUUCACGCGAUGAAAGCCGAUUUAACCCAGCACAUUCUUGUGGAAGACGUGAUGAUUUUGAAGGAGCAAAUAGAGCAUUUGCACAGACAAUGGGAGGACCUCUGCUUAAGAGUAGCUAUACGCAAACAGGAGAUUGAAGACAGGCUGAAUUCAUGGAUUGUGUUCAAUGAAAAAAAUAAAGAGUUGUGUGCAUGGCUCGUGCAGAUGGAAAACAAAGUUCUGCAGACAGCAGAUAUCAGCAUUGAGGACAUGAUUGACAAGCUACAGAAGGACUGCAUGGAAGAAAUAAACCUGUUUAGUGAAAACAAGUUGCAAUUAAAGCAAAUGGGUGACCAGCUGAUCAAGGCCAGCAACAAGACAAGAGCAGCUGAGAUAGAUGACAAGCUCAACAAGAUUAACGACCGCUGGCAACAUCUUUUUGAUGUCAUUGGAUCAAGGGUGAAGAAGCUGAAGGAGACCUUUGCUUUUAUUCAGCAGUUGGACAAAAACAUGAGCAACCUUCGCACCUGGCUGGCUCGGAUUGAGUCCGAGCUGUCAAAGCCUGUGGUCUAUGAUGUCUGCGACAACCAGGAGAUACAGAAGAGGCUCGCUGAGCAACAGGACCUGCAGAGGGACAUCGAGCAGCACAGCGCAGGCGUGGAGUCUGUGUUUAACAUCUGCGAUGUGCUGCUGCACGACUCCGACGCCUGUGCCAACGAGACCGAGUGCGACUCCAUUCAGCAGACCACCAGGAGCCUGGACAGGCGCUGGAGAAACAUCUGCACUAUGUCCAUGGAGCGGCGGAUGAAAAUUGAGGAGACAUGGCGCCUGUGGCAGAAGUUUUUGGAUGAUUACUCCCGCUUUGAGGACUGGCUCAAGUCAGCUGAGAGGACGGCGGCCUACCCGAAUUCCUCGGAGGUCUUGUACACAAAUGCCAAAGAAGAGCUGAAGAGGUUUGAGGCCUUUCAGCGGCAGAUCCACGAGCGGCUCACUCAGCUGGAGCUCAUCAACAAGCAGUACCGGCGGCUGGCCCGGGAGAACCGCACCGACGCGGCCAGCAAGCUGAAGCAGAUGGCCCACGAAGGCAACCAGCGCUGGGACGACCUCCAGAAGCGGGUCACGGCCAUCCUGCGCAGACUCAGACAUUUUACCAACCAAAGGGAAGAAUUCGAGGGGACCAGGGAGAGCAUUCUGGUGUGGCUCACAGAGAUGGACCUACAGCUGACCAACGUGGAGCACUUCUCAGAGAGUGACGCUGAUGACAAGAUGCGGCAGCUGAAUGGUUUCCAACAGGAAAUCACACUCAAUACCAACAAGAUUGAUCAGCUGAUUGUUUUCGGGGAGCAGCUCAUUCAGAAGAGCGAGCCCCUGGAUGCUGUGCUGAUUGAAGACGAGCUGGAGGAGCUGCACCGCUACUGCCAGGAAGUGUUCGGCAGGGUCUCACGCUUCCACCGGCGGCUGACCUCGCCCGCUGCGGGCUUGGAAGAUGAGAAGGAGGCCUCUGAGAAUGAAACAGACAUGGAAGACCCCCGGGAGAUCCAGACUGACUCAUGGCGGAAAAGGAGAGCGAGUGAGGAGCCCUCAUCCCCUCAGUCCCUCUGCCAGCUGGUGCCCCCUGCUCCAGGGCCAGAGCGGUCUGGCUGUGAGACUCCCGUCAGUGUGGACUCCAUCCCCCUAGAAUGGGAUCACACAGGUGAUGUGGGGGGCUCGUCCUCUCAUGAAGAAGAUGAGGAAGGCCCAUUCUACAGUGCACUGUCAGAUAUAGAAAUCCCUGAAAAUCCUGAGGCAUAUCUUAAAAUGACCACAAAAACUUUGAGAGCGUCUUCUGGUAAAUCCAUUUCUGAGGGCCCCUCGUGGCACGUUCCUGACAGCCCUUCCUGUCCCAAGCAUCGCUACAAACCGAUGGGAGGUGAUAGGAAUGUACGGCCCAUCCCCCCAGAUUCCAGCACCCCUUAUAAGCCUGCCUAUGUAAAGCUGCUAUUAGCUCCAGGCACUGACGGUGGCAAAGAAGAGCCCCACAUCUUGAAUGGCAGCUCACGACAGGAAGACGGUGUCCUGGCCAGCCUAACUGGGCAGCAGUCAGGUGCCUUUGAAAGAUGGGAGCUGAUCCAAGCACAAGAACUCCACAGUAAACUCAGAAUAAAACAAAACCUUCAGCAGUUGAACUCUGAAAUCAGUGACAUUGACACGUGGCUGAAGAAAACUGAAGCAGAGCUGGAAACACUAAAAAUGGCAGAGCCUCCCUCUGAUGUGCAGGAAAUGGGACUCCAAGUGAAGAGACUGAAGGAGAUACUAAAAGCCUUUGACAUCUACAAGGCUUUAGUGGCCUCUGUCAACGUGAACAGCAAGGAAUUUCUGCAAGCCGAAAGCACUGAAUCCCAGGAGCUCCGCAGCAGACUGGGCCGGCUGAGCCUCCGCUGGGACGCGGUGCAGGGUGCGGUGGAGCGCUGGAGAGAGAGCCUGCGGCAGUCGCUCAUGCAGUGCCAGGACUUCCACCAGUUGAGUCAAAAUUUGCUGCUGUGGUUAGCAAGUGCCGAGAGCCGAAGGCAGAAGGCCCAUGUUACUAGCCCAGAGGCAGACCCCCAGCUUCUGGAAAGUCAGGAAGAACUCCUGCAACUGAAAAAGGAGCUCAUAGACCAUCAAUCUCAAGUAAACUCCUUACAAGAGAUUUCAAACAGCCUUCUGAUUAAGGGGCAUGAAGAAGACUACAUUGAGGCAGAAGAAAAGGUACAUGUAAUUGAGAAGAAACUCAAGCAACUACUUGAGCAAGUGUCCCAAGAUAUAACGUCCUUGCAAGGAAGCCAGAACCCAGACACAUCUCUACCCGGCCUUGAUGAGGUAGACUCUGGCGCUCAGCCUCCAGCAGCAUCCCUGCCAGCUCCCCAAGUGAAGUUCGGAAUAGCGAGGACUACGAAAGGCAAGAACAAGACAGAUGGCAGGGUUCCUGGCCUCACAGACCCCAGCAGCUCAAGGCCUCAGCGCUCCUUCCUCUCCCGGGUGAUGAGGGCAGCGCUGCCCCUGCAGCUGCUCCUUCUUCUGCUGCUGCUCCUGGCCUGUCUGCUGCCCUCCUCCGAAGAAGACUACAGCUGUACUCAGGCCAACAACUUCGCCAGGUCCUUCUACCCCAUGCUGAGGUACACCAACGGGCCACCCCCCACAUAGAGGGCUCAGCACUACCUGUCCGGCCCACCUACCUGUGGGCUGGGCUAGAGUUCUGCCAGGACAGCUUUGCGGGAUGCUUUUCCUCCAGGGGA